GAAAAGUUGGACAUAGGGACAAGAAAAGAGGUGGAUGGAAUGGGUGCACCUGAAAUAAAAUAUGGAGAUUCAAUAUGCUUCAUACAACAUGUAGAUACAGGCUUAUGGCUCACGUACCAGUCUGCUGAUGCAAAGUCUGUAAGAAUGGGUUCUGUGCAGCGGAAGGCAAUAAUGCACCAUGAAGGUCACAUGGAUGAUGGUUUAACAUUGUCCAGAUCUCAGAAUGAAGAAUCCCGUACAGCACGUGUCAUCCGCAGUACAGUCUUCCUUUUCAACAGGUUUAUAAGGGGCCUGGAUGCUCUCAGCAAGAAAGCGAAGUCUUCCACUGUUGACUUGCCUAUCGAGUCGGUCAGCCUGAGCCUGCAGGACUUGAUUGGCUACUUUCACCCCCCUGAUGAACAUUUGGAGCAUGAAAACAAACAAAACAGGCUCCGAGCGCUGAAGAAUCGCCAGAACCUCUUCCAGGAAGAGGGUAUGAUCAACCUUGUUCUUGAAUGUAUUGAUCGCUUGAAUGUAUACAGCAGUGCAGCUCAUUUUGCAGAUGUAGCUGGAAAGGAAGCUGGAGAAGCAUGGAAAUCUAUUCUGAAUUCUUUGUAUGAAUUACUAGCGGCUCUGAUUCGAGGGAAUCGUAAAAACUGUGCUCAAUUUUCUGGAUCUCUUGAUUGGCUGAUCAGCAGAUUAGAAAGACUGGAAGCCUCUUCUGGUAUGCUUUUUAGUAUUUCAACUUCCUUAUUUGACCAGUUUUUCAUUCUUUAA